GUGGUGGGAGAUGUCUGAUGCUCAAGGACUCUUUGUAGGAUGUUAACAGCUGCAGGAUCCCACAGAGACCUCAGAAGCACAGAACCAACCACAGCCUCAAACCUGCCGCCAGGCCCGAAAGCCGUCGACCUAUAGAUUGACCAUCCAGCUCGUGCACCAUGUCCUUUACGUUUUCUGCCCUGACGAUGCUUCUGGGCUCUUCCGUGGCGAUCGCGUUUGUCUUGCAGCCAUCCAGGGAAGAGCCUUCACCCUCUGCUGUUUCCCGUCACGGUUGCCAAGGCGGGUCAUUGCAGUCCAUCGGGAAGGCCCUGCUGGGACUCCUCAACCUGCAGGCUGAGCCACAGCUGCCCGCUGGUGGGCUGGAUGGUAUCAGAGAGCAAUGGAGGACCACGUUCAGCACCAUCGCUGGCAGCGCCAGGGACGCACCAACUCCAGUGGCUUCUGGCAACUCUGUGUCGCCUACUGUUUGCAACAGUACGAGCCUGAAGUGCUGCUCCGUGGCCUCGGAGGUCUCCGUGAAAGAUCUGGGAUGGGACAACUGGGUUCUCCAUCCUGCCAGCCUGACCAUUGUUCAGUGUGCGCUCUGCGACCCAGAAGGGAGCCCCGUGCAGGGUCCAUCCACCCACGGCAAUGUCCAGGAGGCUGACUCACAGGUGCCGCGCUGUGGUCCCAUCUCCCAGGAAAUGGUGCCCGUCCUCUACGUGGACGAAUUCAGCACCCUCGUCAUCUCCUCCGUGCAGCUGACCCGCAGCUGCGGCUGCAAACCCGUUGACCUCCUCUAGCCGCGCAGCAGAGAGCAAAAGGUUGUUUUAUAGUUCCGAGUAGGCGAGCCACCUGGCAAACAGGCAAACACACAAAAUAUACAAAAAAAAUAUGGGACAUACAUCACCUGCUGACCUAUCUUCUUCUCCCUUGACUUAUCUUAGACUCUUAGUGCCUCUUGUGUGUACGCAACACGGAGCGUGGGAACCAAAGCAAAGUUUCUCCAAGAACUCCGUUUUGCAUUCCUGUUUUCUCCAUUCUAGCCAGAAUGUGUCAGCGCAGAUCCGUUCCACAGGCCAAGCAUAAAAGUGAUCAAUUAGGAUUUGAAUGGUGUGACUGAUGAUGCUUUCUAAAUGCCAUGUUAAUCAUAUGAAAUUACAAGCUGAGUUUAGUUGCUAUUAUGCUUAAUUAACAAUUCGAUUUGGACGUUUUUUCAUUAAUGCAUUUCUGUAGGUAAAAUAGCAUUAGAAUAAUUUCUCUUGCACCAAGAGCUGUAAGUGGAGUGCAUCUGAGAACUCAUCUGCUAAGUGCCAGUUCAUCUUUAAAUAAAUCGCAUGACUACAGAGCGCUAUUUAAAGCUACUAACUGUUACUGAGUGUUCCCUUUCAAAAAUGUGAGACUUUGCAGAGCCAAAUCCCGCAGGAUGUCUCCUCUUUCAUUUGUGAAACAGCUAUUUCCUCUUAUGGGCAAGAAGUCAAUUCAAUCCCAAAAGUCUCACCGAGUUCAAAUUAAAAAAAUUUAAAAAAGGUUUCCCUAAUAAAUUGGGUAUAUGUUUGCCAUUUUAAAGGUCACGCCUUUUUUUUGCAGGGAGAGUAAUGAGAGAAGAUUGUUGAAGCUGAAGUCACUCCACCUAAAACUUAAAGCACAACAUCUGUGCUUUUCCAUAAACAGGCAUUGGCCUCCUCUCUUUUCAUGUUUUAACUAGUAGAAGAGAUGAAGUCGAUAAUGCGGCCCUGCAAACUUCCCAAAACUUUAACUGCACAAACAAUGAAAAAAGAAGAAGAAGGAAGGUCAUAGUAGUUUGUCUUGGCACACUGAAAGGAUCACAUUUUUGUGUUUUGCUGUGAUGUGUGUGAAUUGAAUAUUGAAGCCUGGCUGACAAUAUACUACAUUUUGAUUUACAUAACAUGUGCAUUCAUAUGCCUUUGUAACUGCGUAGUUCUUUUUGGAUGUUUGUUCUCCUUAUAGGUCUCUUUGACCACUUUUUCAUGAUUAGUUUGAGUUUUUCAUUUUGUUGUAUGAUUUUACAAGUUUACAAGUUACCUCACCUUUUCUGUUUUUCAAAGAUUAUUUUCACAAAUAGACAAAUAUACUUGUUGGACGGAUAUAUCACCCCGACUCAAUCAAUACCAUGAAGAUAAAAUGUUUUAAUGUGCUUAUGACAUUUUGAAUCAUUGUUUGAAUAAAAUUGAUAGAAAGACA